AUGGGUGAAAAAUAUGUUAUGAGGAAUCUUGUUGCAGAACUCGGAUCCUACGGCGGUGGCUACUCUUUGGUGGAUUUGGAGGAGACGCAACACCUGGUGUAUGGAAAAUCAAUGGCUUCCUUGUCGGGUCCUUGGCCAUGGAGUUGCGUCCGGGAUGUGCCUAGUCGUGGUGGAUUAGGUGGUUGUUUCCGCAGCACUGAGGGGAAGUGGAUGGGUGGUUUCUUUGGCUAUCGGGAUGAUGCGUGUAUUCUUCAUCUUGAAUUACUUGGAAUCCAUCAGGGCUUAACUCUUGCGUGGGAGCGAGGGUAUCGAGUUGUUGAGUGUCAAUCUGACUCUUUAGAUGCUGUGAACCUUAUUUUGUCUGUGCCUCCUUCCAGACAUCUAUAUGCGUCUUUGAUUUGGGAUAUUAAGGAUCUCCUAUCUAGGACUUGGAUGGUGAAGCUUCAUCAUACUUUGCGUGAAGGGAAUGCGUGCGCAGAUUUCCUAGCUAAGCAUGGCGCGAGUCAGAAUGAAGCCUUGGUGUUGGUUGAGCAGCCAGUGGCAGCCUUGGGUUUGCUUCUCCUUGCGGAUGCAGCGGGUGUCUCCUUUGUGAGGCCUUAG